UUUGUGCCGGCCGCCCGCAGCUGCAAACCCAAAGCUAAAGCCUAUAAGACUAUAAGAAAGAGAGAGAGAGAGAGAGAGAGGGGAGUAUAAGAGUGUAAGAGGGUGAGCUGCCGUGGAUUACGAUUAACGGCGAAGAUGGAUCCGGAUUCUGUAGCCAAGGCAUUUGUGGAGCAUUACUACUCCACAUUCGAUGCCAACCGGGCAGGGCUGGCAAACUUGUAUCAGGAGGGAUCAAUGCUCACAUUCGAGGGCCAGAAGAUCCAGGGCGCUCAGAACAUUGUAACCCACCUCACCGGCCUCCCCUUCCAGCAGUGCCAGCACAGCAUCACCACCGUCGACUGCCAGCCCUCUGGCCCUGCUGGCGGCAUGCUCGUCUUCGUUAGUGGCAAUCUCCAGCUCGCCGGCGAACAGCACGCUCUCAAGUUCAGUCAGAUGUUCCAUUUGAUGCCAACCCCACAGGGAAGCUUUUAUGUGCUGAAUGACAUUUUCCGGUUGAACUAUGCUUGAAUUUGAGGACGAUCACCUGGGGAGUGGGGGAGUGGGGGACCUGGGGGGAUUGGGAGAUGUUUGGUUGGGAUGUCUGGGACUAGAAUCGGUUUGCUUGAUUCGGUUUAGUUUUUUUAGACUUUGUGAGAUUAUUGGGGAGUUUUCCAUGGUUUCUUGCUUGUUUUGUGUUCUUCCUUUCCAAUAUUUAUUACAUCUUGUUAUCAGGAACUGCGCCCCUUGGUGUUCUGUUGCAAUGGAACCAAAUGCCACCAGAUUUAAUCAGGUUUUUCAAUGAUUAAA